AUGGUGGACAUGGAUAGGAACGACCCGGAGCUCCGGUACCUGUCGGUGGACCGGAACAGCUUCAAUGAUCCGGCUACACAGGCGGAAUGGACUCAGAAACGUUUAGUGUGGGUACCCCAUGAGACCCAGGGUUUCGUAGCAGCAGGAAUAAAGGGAGAACGGGGAGAUGAAGUCGAGGUGGAAAUAGCGGAGUCUGGCAAGCGAAUGUUGGUGCCUAUAGAUGAUAUCCAAAAGAUGAACCCACCGAAAUUUGACAAAGUGGAGGACAUGGCGGAGUUAACCUGCCUUAACGAGGCUUCCGUGCUGCACAACAUCAAGGACAGAUAUUAUUCUGGCCUAAUUUAUACAUAUUCGGGGCUCUUCUGCGUGGUGGUGAACCCGUACAAGAAGCUGCCGAUCUACACGGAGAAGAUCAUGGAGCGCUACAAAGGCAUCAAGCGGCACGAGGUGCCACCACACGUGUUCGCCAUCACCGACACCGCGUAUCGCUCGAUGCUGCAAGACCGCGAAGACCAGUCGAUCCUGUGCACGGGUGAGUCGGGCGCCGGCAAAACAGAGAACACCAAAAAGGUCAUACAGUAUUUGGCGUACGUCGCCGCAUCCAAACCCAAAGGAUCAGGAGCGGGACCGUCGCCGCAAUUGAUUAUAGGCGAGCUGGAACAACAGUUGCUGCAAGCUAAUCCAAUUCUGGAGGCUUUCGGUAAUGCGAAGACAGUCAAAAACGACAACUCCUCGAGAUUUGGUAAAUUUAUUAGAAUCAACUUCGACGCGUCGGGAUACAUAGCCGGCGCAAAUAUCGAGACGUACUUACUGGAGAAGUCGAGGGCGAUCAGGCAGGCGAAAGAUGAGCGAACAUUCCACAUUUUCUAUCAGCUCCUAGUUGGGGCCACGCCUCAACAGAAAGCAGAGUACAUUCUAGAGGACCCCAAGAACUACCCGUUCUUGACCAAUGGCUCGCUACCCGUCCCCGGUAUCGACGACGCGGCGGAGUUCCAAGCGACCAUCAAGUCCAUGAACAUCAUGGGGAUGAAUAUGGAGGACUUCAACUCUAUCUUCAGGAUAGUGUCCGCCGUGCUACUGUUCGGUUCGAUGCAAUUCAAGCAGGAAAGGAAUUCGGAUCAAGCGACGUUGCCCGACAACACUGUGGCGCAGAAAAUCGCACAUCUGCUAGGUCUUUCCGUGACAGAAAUGACGAAAGCAUUCCUAAAACCGCGUAUCAAGGUGGGCCGCGACUUCGUGACGAAAGCCCAGACGAAAGAACAGGUCGAGUUCUCGGUGGAAGCGAUAGGCAAGGCCUGUUACGAACGACUGUUCAGGUGGCUGGUGAACAGGAUCAAUAGGUCCCUCGACAGAACGAAGAGACAAGGCGCCUCAUUCAUUGGAAUCCUGGAUAUGGCCGGUUUUGAAAUCUUCGAGCUGAACUCCUUCGAACAGCUCUGUAUUAACUACACGAAUGAGAAACUGCAGCAACUCUUCAAUCACACCAUGUUCAUCCUAGAACAGGAAGAGUAUCAGAGGGAAGGUAUCGAAUGGAAAUUUAUUGACUUCGGACUGGAUCUGCAGCCGACUAUCGAUCUUAUCGAUAAGCCGAUGGGUAUUAUGGCCCUCCUAGACGAGGAGUGCUGGUUCCCGAAGGCCACCGACAAGAGCUUUGUGGAGAAACUCGUGUCGGCACACUCCGUUCAUCCGAAGUUCAUGAAGACCGACUUCAGGGGAGUCGCCGACUUUGCUAUUAUUCACUAUGCCGGCAAAGUCGAUUACUCGGCAUCGCAAUGGCUGAUGAAGAACAUGGAUCCACUGAACGAGAACGUGGUCUCUCUUCUCCAAUCGUCCCAGGAUCCAUUCGUGUGCCACAUUUGGAAGGACGCCGAGAUAGUCGGAAUGGCACAGCAAGCGAUGACUGAUACACAGUUCGGUGCGCGGACAAGGAAGGGCAUGUUUAGAACCGUCUCCCAGUUGUACAAGGAGCAGUUAACUAAGCUGAUGGCGACACUGAGGAACACCAAUCCGAACUUCGUCAGAUGCAUCAUUCCCAACCACGAGAAGAAGGCUGGCAAGAUCGAAGCGCCUUUGGUGCUAGACCAGCUAAGAUGCAAUGGUGUGCUUGAAGGUAUCAGAAUAUGCAGACAGGGCUUCCCCAACAGGAUACCCUUCCAGGAGUUCAGGCAGCGGUACGAGCUGUUAACGCCCAAUAUCAUUCCCAAAGGAUUCAUGGACGGGAAGAAAGCUUGCGAGCAGAUGAUCGAAGCAUUAGAGCUCGACCACAACUUGUACCGUGUUGGACAGUCCAAGAUCUUCUUCAGAGCAGGGGUGUUGGCACAUUUGGAGGAGGAGAGAGAUUACAAAAUCACGGACCUGAUCGUGAACUUCCAGGCGUUCUGUCGUGGUUACCUCGCCAGAAGGAACUACCAGAAGCGUCUGCAGCAGUUGAACGCUAUAAGGAUUAUCCAGAGGAACUGUGCUGCGUACCUCAAACUCAGGAACUGGCAAUGGUGGAGGCUCUACAUAAAGGUGAAACCUUUGCUAGAAGUAACGAAACAAGAAGAGAAACUAACACAAAAGGAAGACGAGCUCCGCCAGAUCAGAGAUAAGUUAGAUACACAGAUGAAGCGAUGCCAAGAGUACGAGCAGAAGUACCAGCAAGCGAACCAGGAGAAGACGCAGCUCGCCGAACAACUGCAGGCGGAGCUGGAGCUGUGUGCAGAGGCUGAAGAGAGUAGAGCGCGAGCCGCUGCACGCAAGCAGGAACUGGAGGAACUUCUGCAUGAUCUGGAGGGCCGCAUUGAGGAAGAAGAGGAGCGCUGUAACGCACUGCAGCUAGAGAAGAAACGGUUGCAACUCAACAUUCAGGAUUUGGAGGAACAGCUGGAAGAAGAGGAAGCAGCCCGCCAGAAGUUACAGCUGGAGCGCGUGCAGUGCGACGCCAAGCUCAAGAAGCUAGAGGAGGACCUCGCGCUCAGCGAGGACACCAAUCAGAAGCUGAUCAAGGAGAAAAAGAUCUUGGAGGAGCGCGCCACGGACUUGUCGCAAGCACUGGCUGAAGAAGAGGAAAAGGCCAAGCACCUUGGCAAGCUCAAAGCCAAGCAGGAAUCUGCCAUCGCUGAACUUGAAGAGAAGUUGCUCAAGGACCACCAACUUCGUCAAGAAGUUGACCGCGCGAAGCGGAAGCUGGAAACAGAAUUACAAGAUGUCAAGGAGCAACUUGCAGAGAGGAAAGCGCAAGUUGAGGAGUUGCAGAUUGUUCUUGCGAAGCGCGAGGAGGAGCUGGCGGCGGCGGCGGCGCGCGCGGACGAGGAGUCGGCGGCGCGCGCGGCGGCGCAGAAGGCGGCGCGCGAGGCGCAGUCGGCGCUGGCCGACGCGCACGACGACCUGGACGCCGAGCGCAGCGCGCGCGCCAAGGCCGAGAAGCUGCGCCGCGACCUCAACGAGGAGCUCGAGGCGCUCAAGAGCGAGCUGCUCGACUCGCUCGACACCACCGCCGGUACGUACGUGCACACACCACUCUCCACUCUCCACUCUGCAGAAGGCGGCGCGCGAGGCGCAGUCGGCGCUGGCCGACGCGCACGACGACCUGGACGCCGAGCGCAGCGCGCGCGCCAAGGCCGAGAAGCUGCGCCGCGACCUCAACGAGGAGCUCGAGGCGCUCAAGAGCGAGCUGCUCGACUCGCUCGACACCACCGCCGGUACGUACGUGCACACACCACUCUCCACUCUCCACUCUGCAGAAGACGGCGCGCGAGGCGCAGUCGGCGCUGGCCGACGCGCACGACGACCUGGACGCCGAGCGCAGCGCGCGCGCCAAGGCCGAGAAGCUGCGCCGCGACCUCAACGAGGAGCUCGAGGCGCUCAAGAGCGAGCUGCUCGACUCGCUCGACACCACCGCCGGUACGUACGUGCACACACCACUCUCCACUCUCCACUCUGCAGAAGGCGGCGCGCGAGGCGCAGUCGGCGCUGGCCGACGCGCACGACGACCUGGACGCCGAGCGCAGCGCGCGCGCCAAGGCCGAGAAGCUGCGCCGCGACCUCAACGAGGAGCUCGAGGCGCUCAAGAGCGAGCUGCUCGACUCGCUCGACACCACCGCCGGUACGUACGUGCACACACCACUCUCCACUCUCCACUCUGCAGAAGACGGCGCGCGAGGCGCAGUCGGCGCUGGCCGACGCGCACGACGACCUGGACGCCGAGCGCAGCGCGCGCGCCAAGGCCGAGAAGCUGCGCCGCGACCUCAACGAGGAGCUCGAGGCGCUCAAGAGCGAGCUGCUCGACUCGCUCGACACCACCGCCGGUACGUACGUGCACACACCACUCUCCACUCUCCACUCUGCAGAAGGCGGCGCGCGAGGCGCAGUCGGCGCUGGCCGACGCGCACGACGACCUGGACGCCGAGCGCAGCGCGCGCGCCAAGGCCGAGAAGCUGCGCCGCGACCUCAACGAGGAGCUCGAGGCGCUCAAGAGCGAGCUGCUCGACUCGCUCGACACCACCGCCGGUACGUACGUGCACACACCACUCUCCACUCUCCACUCUGCAGAAGGCGGCGCGCGAGGCGCAGUCGGCGCUGGCCGACGCGCACGACGACCUGGACGCCGAGCGCAGCGCGCGCGCCAAGGCCGAGAAGCUGCGCCGCGACCUCAACGAGGAGCUCGAGGCGCUCAAGAGCGAGCUGCUCGACUCGCUCGACACCACCGCCGCUCAACAAGAGCUCCGUUCGAAGCGCGAGCAAGAAGUAGCGGUGCUGAAGCGAAGUCUAGAAGAAGAAGCGGUCGCACACGAGGCCACGCUUGCCGAACAGCGACACAAGCACUCGCAGGAGUUGCAACAGCUCAACGAACAGCAUGAACAGCUCAAAAAGACCAAAGCUGCGCUGGAGAAGGCGAAACAGGCGCUGGAGGCGGAGAACGCGGACCUGGCGACGGAGCUGAAGAGUGCGAGUGCGGCGCGUGCUGAAGGCGAGCGUCGUCGGAAGCAGGCCGAGGCACAGCUCGUAGACCUCGCCGCCAAGCUGCAGGAGCUCGAGCGCACCAGGACGGAGACGCAGGAGAAGUGUGCCCGGCUGCAGGCCGAGGCGGAGCAGGCGCUGCAGCAGCUGGAGCAGGCCGAGCUGAAGGCCUCCGCCGCGCUCAAGCAGGCCGCCACUGCGGGCGCGCAGCACGCCGAGGCACAGGCACUCCUGGAAGAGGAGACGAAGCAGAAACUGUCGCUACAGACGCGGCUGCGCAAUGUUGAACAACAGCUGGAACAGGCGCGCGACCAGCUGGAAGAGGAGGAGGAGGCAAAGAAGAACUUGGAGAAGCAGGUGGCAGCACUAACGCAACAAGUCGUAGAUGCGAAGAAGAAGGCAGAGGAAGAGGCGGAAAUAGCGGCGGCUUUAGAAGAGCAGCGCAAGAAGCUCAGCAAGGACGUGGAAGCUCUGCACCGACAGAUCGACGAACUGCAGCAGGCUAACGACAAACUGGACAAGAGCAAAAAGAAAAUCCAAGCAGAGUUGGAAGACACUAACAUAGAGUUGGAAGCUCAACGCGCAAAGGUGCUAGAACUUGAGAAGAAGCAGAAGAACUUCGAUAAGGUGUUGGCAGAAGAACGCACGGUGGCGGAGCGCAACGCGGCGGAGCGCGACGCGGCGGAGCGCGACGCGCGCGACAAGGAGACGCGCGUGCUCAGCCUCACGCGCGAGCUCGACGACGCCGCGGAGAAGAUCGAGGAGCUGGAGCGGUCGAAGCGCGCGCUGCAGGCGGAGCUGGACGAGCUGGCCAACACGCAGGGCACGGCCGACAAGAACGUGCACGAGCUGGAGCGCGCCAAGCGCGCGCUCGAGUCGCAGCUGGCCGAGCUGCGCGCGCAGAACGAGGAGAUCGAGGACGACCUGCAGCUCACCGAGGACGCCAAGCUGCGCCUCGAGGUCAACAUGCAGGCCAUGCGCGCGCAGUUCGAGCGCGAGUUGCAGGCUAAGGAAGAGCAAGGCGAGGAGAAGCGUCGCGGCAUCGUGAAGCAAUUACGCGACCUGGAAGCAGAGCUGGAGGAGGAACGCAAGACGCGAGCCGCCGCCAUUGCACAGAGGAAAAAACUGGAGUCUGAUCUUAAGGACUCCGAGCAGGCCUUGCACCUUGCUAAUAAGGUGAAGGAGGACGCGGCGAAGCAGGUGAAGAAGCUGCAGCAGCAGCUGAAGGAGGCGGCGCGCGAGGCGGAGGAGGCGCGCGCGGGGCGCGAGGAAGCGGCGGCGGCGGCGCGCGACGCCGAGCGGCGCGGCAAGGCGCUGGAGGCGGCCGCCGCGCAGCACGCCGAGGAGCUGGCCGCCGCCGAGCGCGCGCGCCGCCACGCCGAGGCCGAGCGCGACGACCUGCUCGACGAGCUCGCCGCGCACGCCGCCAAGAACACGAGCUUAGUUGAUGAGAAGAAGCGGCUCGAAGCCAGGAUAUCAGCGCUUGAGGAGGACCUAGAUGAAGAACAGUCCAACAACGAGAUACUUAACGACCGGUUGCGAAAGUCACAGAACCAAAUCGACCAACUGACGAUGGAACUGGGCACGGAGAAGGCGGCCACUCAGAAAAUGGAGAGUGGCAAGCUGGUGCUGGAGAGACAGAACAAGGAACUGAAGGCCAAGCUCGCAGAGCUCGAAACAGCUGGACGCACCAAGACCAAGGGUGUGAUCACGUCGCUGGAGCUGAAGGUGUCUAACCUGGAGGAGCAGCUGGAGGCGGAGUCCCGCGAGCGACUGGCGCAGCAGAAGGCGUCGCGCAAGCUCGACAAGAAGAUGAAGGAGCUCGCGCUGCAGCUCGACGAGGAGCGCCGCCACGCAGACCAGUACAAGGAGCAGAUCGAGAAGAUGAACACGCGCGUGAAGACGCUGAAGCGGCAGCUGGACGAGGCGGAGGAGGAGGUGCAGCGCGAGAAGGUCGGCAAGCGCAAGGCGCAGCGCGAGCUCGAGGACCUGCUCGAGACGCACGAGACGCUCGCGCGCGAGUGCUCCAACCUGCGCAACAAGCUGCGGCGGCAGGGAGGUGGCAUAAGUCUUUCUGGCGCGUCGUCGUCUUCUCGCAUCAAACGCACCUCGCUGGCACCGGGCGCAGGCUCCGGCGACGAAUCCUUCGACGAUGUCAACGACACCACCAACAGCGUCGAGUAA